CCAGAGAUUAUUUUCGGGUCGGUUAUAUAAAAUAUCUCCUUCUCUCAUUUCAUCUUCUUGCUCCUGGUCAUCUUCUUCUUCGGCGUCGGCCUUUUCGAAGGUCGGAUUUGUGGGACGGUCAAGUUGUUUUUAGGGAUGGUGAAGUCACGUCCCCAUUUUGACCAAGAGCACAACUAGCUGGAUUAUUAUUCUCUCAGCCUCAGUUAACAAGGAUCAUGGAUUUCACCAAGUUGGCUGGAGAAAUUGGCACUGUAUCACAUACCCCUCCAUCAAAUCCUGUUGACAUCAUUGGAGAUUCCCACAACUAUUGUGUUGCUGGUGAAGAAGCCAAUAAUAUGAAUACAAGUCAAAGAACCCAGUCACACGGCAUUCUUCUAUUGCAUGGUGGCAUUUUCAGCACUGCACAGCUAGUUGCAACUCACUGCCAAGAAAAGCUGGAAAUGAGUUGGCAAUUGUCAAAUUUCAAGGUUAAGAUGUCUAGGUUUACUGCCCUUUCAGGAAUAGAACGUGGCAGGAUUGAAGAAAGGCAAAAUUAUAAUAUGGAACUCCAAUUAUUUGAGUUAGAUGUAAUAUUGAAGGCCAAUAAUAACUUCUCUUUAAACAAGAAGCUAGGAGAUGGUAGCUUUGGGCCUAUCUACAAGGGUACUCUACUAGAUAGAAAAGAUAUUGCUGUAAAGAGGCUCUCAGGAAGCUUUGUACAAGGAUUAGUUGAGUUCAAAAAUGAAGUUGCACUUGUAUCCAAACUUCAACAUUGGAAUCUUGUAAAGCUUCUAUGAUGCUGCAUUCAGGGGAGGAGAAAAUGCUGAUUUACUAAAUAUGCCCGAUAGAAGUUUGGACUUCUUCACUUUUGGUUUGGAUUCUUGUUAACCGUUCAGUUAACUUCAUAGGCACAGCAUAAAUUCAUCAGAAAUUG